AUGCUAAGUUACUUUAAUUUUUUUGUUUUCAGCGCUGUAGCUGUGCAUGAUGCUUGGGUUAGGAUCUCCAUUGAAAUGGAGAUUUCAAUACCUGAUCUCAAAAGAAAGAAAGAAGCUUUAAUGGCCACAUUUAGACAACACUUAAAAAAGAAAAAGGCUUCAGUAUCUUCUGGAUAUGGUUAUGAAGACGUAUAUAAACCCAUUUGGGUAUUUUAUGAUGGCAUGGAGUCGUUUCUGGGAGAUGUGUAUGAAUGUUCCAAUAUAAUGGAUACAUUGACACAAAGAUAUGAACACACAGUAGUCGAACCUCAAACGUAUGAAACAAGAAAAGUGUUAGAUGAACAAGAGGAGCUUGCACGCCCUGCAAAUAUCACCACACAGGAAGGACUUCCAACCCCCUCUAAUAAAAACGUAUUGAAGCGUCGUUCCUCUAACCCUCCUGAACUUCAAGAGGCAACCAGGCACAUGAAAAGUGCAUUGGGUACUAUCAAUGCUGUAUUAUCCAACAAAAUGAACCAAGGAGAUGAUGUAUGUGAUCUCUAUGGAAAACUUCUAGCAUCAAAAUUGAAGAAGUAUUUUUCUGAUGUCGAACAACAGGAAGUCAUGUGUGAAUUAGACAAUGUAUUGAUUGAUAAAAAGAAUAAGGAAUCGCCAAACACAGAGUUAUAUUUCUUCCCCAAGUACUCCGCGCUCCGUUGA